UUUUCAUUUUCAAAACCCUACAAAUCUAACCCUCUUUUGCCUUCUUCCAAACUCGACUAUAUAUUGUACUAAACAUUUCUCUGCGACAUUUUCCUCCCAACUGAUUCUUUUUUCUAACCCCUUCUGAAAGAAGCCAAUAACUUCAUAUCCGUAGUUUUCAGCUACUCUAAAUACUACUACUUCAAGCACAGUCUUUCAGUCAAAAACACAAAAGAAAAAAAAAGCAAGUUCAUCGAUUUGCUGCAUAUGCGUUUCUAAAAAACUGAUCAAAGGGGGGAUAUCAAUUUUUUUUGUUUUUUUCCUUCAGGCGGAAACGGUGGAUCGAAGACAUGGGAAGAGGCCCUUUUCAUCCAAUGAAUCGGAGGAAAAAGAGGAAGAACAACACCAUCACGCGCCGCCGUUAAUCUACCAGCACCACCAGAAUAUGUUGCCUUUUUAUUCAGAAAGAUCCCAACAAGAUAUGAACGCCAUGGUUUCUGCUCUUUCUCAGGUUAUCGGAAGUAGUAGUACUACUUCUGCAAGUAGUAAUAAUUACCUCAAUAAUCCAGUGGGCAUUAAUGUUGGAAAUGAACAUCUUGUUGUUGUUCCAGCUGAAAACCAAGUUCAAAUCGGUCAAGAACAAGGGAGCCAAAGAAGAAGACACUAUAGAGGAGUAAGGCAAAGACCUUGGGGGAAGUGGGCAGCUGAAAUUCGUGAUCCGAAAAAGGCAGCAAGGGUUUGGCUAGGCACAUUUGAGACUGCUGAGGCUGCUGCCCUUGCUUAUGAUGAAGCAGCCCUUAGGUUUAAAGGUAACAAAGCAAAGCUCAAUUUCCCAGAAAGGGUGCAAGGCAAAACUGAAUAUGGCUAUCUUACUACUACAACAACUCCUCAAGAUCAUCAUCAUCAAAUUCACAAUUUUAAUAUCAAUGCUCAUCCUCAUCAUCAUCAACAACAAGUUUCAAAUUAUGCCCAUUCAAGGCCUCUACCUCAAGGCAUUCCUUAUCCUUAUAAUGUUCAUCAGUAUGCUGAGCUUCUUAGGGGUGGAGAAAAUAAUAAUUACCCUAUUGUUGGAGGAUCUUUUGUUUCACAAUCUUCCUCGGGUUCGUCGUCUACUCUAUCAUUUCAAGAACAGGAGCAUCAAAAUCUUCUUCAGUUUCAAUCUCCUUACAACCACAUUGGAAGGAGUUCAUCAUCGAGUUCGGAUCCUUCCGGAAAUUGGAGUGAUCAUCACUUUGAUAGUAGUUAUGCAAGAAGGUAGCUUAAAACUUCUAAAUACAUAUUAUCUAUCCUUUAAUUAAUUAAGUUGAUUUUCACACAUAAUGCAAGAAGGGUUUGUUUCAAACUUUCUUCAUUCUCUUUGUUGAUUUCGAAUAGAGGGAUCCAUAUACAUGAGAUGAAGUUCGAUGUUUGAACAACAAAGAGUUGUUUGUUUCCCCCUCGAGCUACAGCUUUGGGUUUUUAUUUUAUUUUAUUUUAUUUUUCCAUGUGUGUGUGUUUGUUUCCAUGUCACUGAGCAUUGCCAGUAACUAGCUGAUGUGU